AUGGAUACAAUAAGUAUUGACAGGAAUGAUUUUACAGAAGAAAUUUAUUACGAUAUAUUGUCACUAGCAUCCGCAUAUGCACCAUAUGAAUAUCACGAGUAUGAAAAAAAUGUAAAAUUGUUGUUAGAGCAAAACAAUUUGUUAAAUCAGGAAGAAAAGGAUUAUUAUAAAGAAAGGCUUAAAAAUGAUAUAGAGGCAUGUUAUGAAAAAGACAAAAUUGGGGAAAGAAAGAUGUGUAAAUACAGCGAAGAAACACACUAUCGUUAUUCAGAUAAAUAUUGUGAAAUUUGCAUACAACAAAAUUUCCAAAAGUACUUAAUUAAGUCUGAAAACGAGAUUAUAGAUAAAUUCAUCCAAGCAUGCCUUCUUGAAUCAGCCAUUCCACCAUAUAUUAUGCAGUGCAUACCAAUUGAACAAUUCGAAGAUAUUUAUUUUUUUGCCAAAGGUGGUUUCAGUAAAGUCUACAGGGCAACAUGGAACAUUGGUAAAAUUGAAUCUUGGGAUGAUAGUAAGCAGGAAUUUAUAUAUCAUGGAAAAUGUAAUGUAGUGUUAAAAUGUUUAAAAAAUUCAGAGAACCUUGGAAAAACUUUUCUUGAAGAAGCACGAAACCACAUAAAGAUUAGAUCUAAUACUAUUGUGGAAUGUUUUGGCAUAACUAAGCUUAAAGAUAAUAGUUAUGCACUAGUUUUAAAUUAUUUUCAUUCAGGAAAUCUUCGAGAUCGAUUACAAAAUAAUUUCUCAAUGCGAAUAAAAGAUAAAUUGCUUUACAUCCAAUCAUUAUGUGAAUCAUUGUAUGAUAUACAUCGUCGUGAUCUCAUUCAUAAAGACUUACAUAGUGGUAACGUAUUAGUCGAUAAAACUCAAUGUUAUAUUACCGACUUUGGUUUUACUGGCCCUGUAGAAGAUAAGUUUUCUUUUAAACUUUAUGGUAUUUUACCAUAUUUGUCACCUGAACUAUUGUAUGGAGAAAAACAUACAAAAGCUUCUGACGUUUAUAGUCUUGGAAUGUUAAUUUGGGAAAUAUUUAAUCAAAUAACACCAUUUCACUAUAGGGCAUAUGAUAUUAAUUUAGCACAUGAUAUUUGUAUGGGAGCAAGGCCAGAAAUAACUUUUAAUAUACCAAAAAACUUUCAAAACCUUAUUCAAGACUGUUUAAAUAAUGACCCUCAUAAACGUCCAAAUGCUAAGGAAAUCUACAAUUAUGUCAAUCGUGAAGUGAUUCAAUUUUUUGCAAAUCCGAAUUCAUAUGAUCAAUCUUCAAAUGAGAAAGUUCAAAAAAAUAUGAAUAAACAUAUCUUGAUCCGAGAAUUGCACCCAUUAACACUUUGUACCAGUCAAAUAAUAGAUUUUAUAAAUUCUUUACGAUUUUCAAAUUUAAUCUGUGAAGAAAAGAUUUUAACUUUGAAUGCGAACCAAGAUUCUGAGUUAGAAUACUAUUCAGAUGAUUAUGACAUAAUGAAAGAUUAA